UUUACAGAUAAGACAUUAACAUAUUGUGUUGUUCCCAGACAGCCAUGUUGUAUACGAUUUUUCUUUUGAUUAUUCCAGUGUCUGUAUUUGCCGGUGACUGUGUAGGCAAAGGUGAUGGAGUGUUUGAGAUAGGAUGCAGGUCGUAUUUGACAUGUGCAGGUGGUGUUGCUACAGUAGUCAAUUGUCCGAACCCACCUCAUCCUAAUACGGUGUACAACAACCGAACAAAAACUUGUGACACACCAGCACAUGUAGGACCACCAUGUGGAAAGUUGGAAGACUGUACAAACAAACCUGAUGCCAGAUUUCCUGAUUUAUUCAAUAAUUGUCUCACCUACUACACAUGUCAGUUUGGAACGUACUUUGGUCACAAUUCUUGUACACCAGGAUUGGUUUUCGAUUUUAAGCUUCAGACUUGUAAUUGGCCUCAAAAUGUACUACCACCAUGUGGGCAUUACAUUCCGACCACUGUCUCUGGAUGAAAUGACUUGAAACAAGAAAAAGCAACGAAAGAUGCAGUUAAAUAAAGACAUUACAAUUCUUUAAUAAAUGCUUUUGGUGUUUCA